AUGACCUCGAAGAAGGCGCCCGCUCUCAGAUCGAUCCAAAUUCUACCGCAACAACCGAGUAAACCGCACGCCAGCAAAGGUCCAACAGCAAACGUCUCUGCUGCAAAGCCUGACAGCUUCUUUGAAGCUUUUGGUCCUAUUGGGAUCCUACUGCUGCUGAGUGCGGGCGUCUCUGUUUGGUGGACUGCGUGGCUCAUCGUCUUGACCAUCGCUCCGAUCGACACUGCGAACUACUUGAUGGACACGGCCGAGUUUGACGACGGACACUUCUGGCUCAUUGUGGACCCUGAACCCGAGAUCAUGAGCGUCAACAGCAUUGUGCUCGUUGGACUGGCAGUGAGCUACAUCCACGUGAUGCUGAAGAUGACGGUGCUGAGGAACUCAAGCUUCCGCAUUAUGCCGGUCGCUGCGUCGUUUUGGCUCGAGUUGACGGGGCACUAUGGCCAGAAUCGAAAGUUCUGGGUACGUACGUAUUGGUGCACUUGA